AUGAUCCGGGAGAUGGUCGAAGGAGCGCCGACAGCAAUCUUGGUCCAGAAAUUGCUUGACCAGAGCACCCCAAAUGCUGAACGCCGCCAGACCUGGCUGUCUCUCCGGAGCCUGGACAGUCCUGCUCCCGAGGUCAUCUAUGCUUUGGGCCUAUGUACCCUGGAAGGCGAUCUAGCCCGGAAGCCGGAAGAGCUGUCAGAGUUCACAGAGACCUACAACCGACUUGCGAACGCCUCUACUUUACCGGGCAAGGCACUUUGCGUGCUAUAUCUUAUUGCCGCUGCAAGACCGGACCUAGCUGUAAAGGAGUUUCCCAAAAUCAACGGUGAGUCUGGCAUUCCGGAGAUAGCUCAGGUGUGGAUCCAGUUUGUGAGGGGUUGUUAUCGGGAUGCUUUGUUGGCCUGUGACGACGCGGAGGAUUUCCUUGGGCUGCGAUCGUCGGGGGAGGAGAGUCCGAAAUAUAUGAGAAGUUUACGCGCGGUCUGUGCAGUGCAUGCGAAGACUUUGAACGGUUGUGUAGACAAGACCACGUUUGAGGUAUUGAAUGGUGGCCAUAAAGAAUCAUUUGAUGAAGUUAUACGAUCGGUAGAGGAUGGGCAGAUGAUCAUACGUACUGAGUUUCAUAGUCCGUUAAAGAUUAGCAAAAUAUCAUUUCGUGGAGGAGCUACGAAUGGUCCGAGAAUAGUUCGCUUAUACACGAAUAUAGAUUUACCUAGCUUUGAUGAAGUGGAAGACAUCAAAGCCCAACAGGUUUUAGAACUAACUAAGGACCAAGUCACCAAGGCAGAGCGUGUACCAUUAAGAUUCGUUAACUUUCAAAAUGUCAAGUCAAUUACCAUGUUCAUCGAAGCCAACUUGGAAGAUUCUGAGUCCACUGAGAUCCAGCAGAUCGUGCUGUAUGGAUCGCAAGAGUCCGGUGGUUUGGAUGUAAGCGCGAAACAGAAGCACGGAAUAGUGGGGGGAAGGG